AUGGAUGAUAUUUUAUUUGAUAUUGAUCAAGAAUUAAAUAGAUUAAAUCAAUUAAAUAAUAAUAGUAAUAAUAGUUCUUUUGAGAAUGAAAGCUCGAUUAAUCAUGUUGACAAUAAUCAAUAUUACAAGAAUCAUAUAGAAAACAAUAAUAGGAUGGAAUUGGAUGAAUUAGAAGAUACCAUAACAGAAGAGAUAGAAUCACCAGAUAAAUCAAAGAGAAUAGAAUCAUUAUUAUAUCAAGGUGAAAAGGAUUUUAAAACUUUAAAAUCAAUUUUUGAUAAUGAUAAAGUAGACAAUCAACAGAAACAACAACAACAAGAGAAUGAACAAAUUAAAGAUUUAAAAAACCAAGUUCAAUCUUUUGAUAGACAAUUUCAUAGAUUAAAUCAAAGGUUGGUGGAUAUCAAUAAUAAGAUUACACCAAUUCAAUUGGAAACUGAAAACAUUCUAUUGGCAAUGGAAUCUUUAAAUCUAAAAAAUAAUUUAUUGAUAAAGGAAACAUUUAAAAUAAAUUUAGAAAUUGAUUAUAUGACUGGACAAUUAAAUAAAUCAAAUAGUACAUAUAAAUCGUUCCAAUGUUACAGAGAUAUGCUUGUACAGUCAAUUGAAAGGGUUCAAUCGGAAAGAGAAAAUUAUCGUCAAGAAUAUUUCAAAAGAGUAAAUGAUUUUAAUCAAUGGCAAGAUUGUAAUUCGAAUUUGGAUGCACUUUUAGACAAGAGAAAUCGUGAACUAGUGUCUCUAGAAUCAAUUAAAAUGUCAAACUUACAGAUGGAAACCAAAAUUCAACAAUCUCUGGAAAGAAAAAAGGUGUUUGAAGAAAAGAAAAAGGAAAAGAUGAAGGAAAUUGAAAGAUUAAGAGAAAUGGUUCAAGAUGUUGAUGAAAAGGAAAGAAUCAAGUAUGAUAUUGAUAUUGAUCCAAUGACUGAAGAAUUAAAUCAUUUGGAAAAUAACAAAGAAAUGUUAGUCAAAGAUAUUGAUUUAAUUAAACAACAAAUAGAAGAUAAAAAGAAUCAACAAAAGAAACAACAGCAACAACAACAGCCAAAGAAUACAACAAAACCAUUGACAUUAUCACUCACAAAAAAUAAUAAUCAAUCAAAUCACAAUCCACCAAUCACAAAUAAUAAUAAUAAUAAUCCAAAUAAUAAUUCAAAAAAUCAAAGUCUAAGAAUUCCAAGUUUAAACAAUAGAGGAUUGGGUACUAAUAAUACUACUACAAAACAGGUUACUUUUUACAAUCCAAAUUUAGGUGGUGGACUAAAUAACAAAUCAAAUGAAAAGAAUAACAAUUUAUCAAAUAAUAACCAAAAUAAAUAA